GAACUCAAUAAAAAUAUUUCAACAUCCGCAGUCAUUGAAAUCUUGAACCUGAGCAGGAACUUAUUAUUUGCAUGAUUAUUGCAAACGACAAAAUGACCAAACGACAGCCCCUGCAGCAAGGCUGCAAACCAAAGAUUAUAGAGCUCCUCUAUAAUCUUUGCUGCAAACAGCAAUCUAUCACCGCGCCUCCGCCUCUCAGCAGCAAUGGGAUGGUCGGGCUGAGAUGACUGGCAGCUCCUCCGGGGCGGGCUGAGUGCCGGGGUUUGCGGACAAAGAGCAAAUAUAGUGGCACCAUGGCCGGCGUAGCUGGUGGUGACACGGUUUUUGGCAAAAUCAUCCGUAAAGAAAUCCCAUGCGAAUUCAUCCACGAAGACGACAAGUGUGUUGCCUUCAAAGAUAUGGCACCACAAGCUCCAGUACAUUUUCUAGUGGUUCCCAAGAAGCCCAUAUCCCACUUAUCUAAAGCGGAAGAUUCUGAUGCAGAGCUUCUUGGACACCUGAUGAUCGUUGGUAAAAAAUGUGCAGCAAAACUGGGCUUAUCGAAUGGCUACAGACUUGUUCUGAAUGAAGGCCAGGAUGGUGGGCAGUCUGUCUUCCACAUUCACCUCCAUGUAUUAGGUGGGCGUGAAAUGGACUGGCCACCUGGUUAAUCGAUACUGAACAUUUACUUUGCCUGAGAAAUGGUUCCACGGUUCUGUUAAACAAGGAACACGGAAAACUGGAGUACCAACUAGAGCUCCAUUACAGUCUUGCCAAUGGAUCGAUUCCUCUCAUGGUCAUAAAAUAAAAUCCUUUUUAAGGAA